AUUCCAAAUUUCACUUUCCCUUUGAACAGAAGUCUGAAUUUUUUGAGCCAGAUACAGAAGCCUUUAAAAAAAGUAAAAAAGAUGCCACGCAGACAGAGAAGCGCCUCGGCCAACCUCCAUGUGCAACCUGCCAGUGGUGCUGCCCACACCCGGAGUUCGGAGAUGAUCUUCAAGGACGUGGCCGCCCACGCGGCGGGUGUGGCAGCGGGGUCAGCUGUGGGUCAUGCUAUAGGCGCAGGGAUAACCGGACUGUUCAGGGGGCGUGGCCAGCAGCCGCACCACAGCGAUUUGGUCGAGGAGGGUCCUUGUGCCAAGGAGAUGAAGCAGUUCCUGAAGUGCACCGAGAAUGACGAUCUCAAUGUCUGCAAGGAGUUCCAGGAUGCAGUACGCCGUUGCCAUCGUCACUAUAAUAUUUAGAAAUCAAAAAUCCCUGAUUAAAAUAUUUUUGUUUUCUGAUGUUCCUGGGCUGCCGAAUCAGUUUCACGUUUAAAUAAAUUGUAGUCAUUAAC